CGCAAGCACGAGGAGGACAUACAAAUACGUGUUUCAGCCUAACAAGGGGUAUUUGUUUAAAUUUCCUUUAAAUUAUUUUUUUUCCCAUCACAACAAACGUGGGCGGGUUUUUUUCGCGUCAAGGAAGCUCCACUUUUGUCAGACGAUUCCUUGGCUGCUGCACCUGCGAGGCAAAGCUCAGCCUCUCUCAGUCGGAGUGCACGUUUUCGCGCACACACGCACUUUUCUGGUGUACCUGGUCCUUCGGAGCUCUGUGUAACACCUCCCAGAUCUGGAUCAUGUCCACGAUGCCAGUCCAGCCACCAUCGUCUCCGUGACAAGCCGAAGACAGGGACAGAUGGCCGGUGUGGGGACUGACAGUGUGGUAUGGUAAAUGAGAGGCUGUCGUCACCAUGCCCCCGGGGAAGUAUGGGAUGCAGGCAGAGUGGGAGCUGGAGGGCAACCAAGGGGUCAGGAUGGACUUCCUGCUGCCAACUGGCAUCUACCUCACGUUCCCAGUGUCUCAUAAGGAUACCAUCAGCAGUAUCAAGAAGAUGGUUUGGAAAAAUGCCAGAGGAGAAGCACUGUUCACAGCGCUGGGCCAUCCUGAUGCGUAUGUUUUCACCUGCAUCAACCAGACGGGCGAGAGGGAGGAGCUGGAGGAUGAAUCGAGGCGUAUAAGCGACGUGCGGCCCUUCAUGGGUGUUUUGAGACUGGUGGCCAGGGAGGGCGACCGUGUGGAGAAACUUACCAACACUCAAAUCAGCCUGUUGAUCGGGAAAGGUCUGCACGAGUUUGAGGCCCAGAAGAACCACGAGGUGAACGAAUUCCGGACCAAGAUGAGAGCCUUUUGCGAAGAAAAGGCUCAGAGGCGUCAGAUGUCUCCAUGGCAACAGUGGCUUGAGUACACUUUCCCAUGCGACCUCGAGCCAUGCUGCUCUCUGCCUAUGUGUGGCAAGUCACAAAACACCAAGAUCUUCAUCAACGUCAAGUUUGAGGCUUGUGAUGAAAGCUUCAUGGUGCAGCAGGAGCAACAAGACCUGCCACUCGCUCUGAUGAGGAGCGCCCUGAAGAAGAAAGCCACUGUCUUUCGCUCGGUGCGACAAGAACCUGAGGACUACACGUUACAGGUCAACGGGAGGUGGGAAUUCAUCUACGGGAAACAGCCCCUCUGCCAGUUUAAAUACAUCUUCAUCUGUUUGCGGAAUGGCCAAAAUCCCCACCUCACCAUGGUGCACCACUCAACCAUCAGCAAAUACCAAGAGGAGCAUGGAAGAAUGUGCAGUCAGAUGUGCAAGAGUCGCUCCGUGUCCAGACCACCUCCUCUGCCCCUGAAGAAGCAAAACACCUCCUCUCUUUGGUCCAUCAACGAGCCCUUCUACAUCCACCUGCUGCAGGGCAGCCGAGUCAAUGCGGAUGAAGGCAUGAAGCUCGUAGUGCAGGCCGGACUCUUUCAUGGCAGUGAGUUGCUCUGUAAGGUGGUCACCAGUUCUGAGGUUGUGGUGUCCUCUGAGCCCAUGUGGGACCAAAAGAUGGAGUUUGACAUAAUCGUGGCGGACCUGCCGCGCAUGAGCCGCCUGUGCUUCGCCCUUUACGCCGUCUUCGACAAGGCCAAGAAGCCACGUGGCACCAAAAAGAAGAAGAAAGCGGAUUGUCCUAUAGCCUGGGUGAACACCAUGGUGUUUGACUACAAAGACCAGCUGAAAACCGGCGAGGUCCUCUUGUCCGCAUGGCCUUCUGUGCCUGAUGAAAAAAGUGAACUAUUGAACUCAAUGGGAACAGUUGAGAAGAAUCCCAAUGUUGACAGUGCGGCUGGUCUUCUCAUCCGCUUCCCAAACAUCAGGUCACAUCCUCUCUACUAUCCUCCUCUUGACAAGAUAAGAGGCAUGGAGACAAAUGGCGAUGCAGCUGCUGCAACCAAAGAAGAGCACAUGAAGCUAAAAGAAAUCAUGGACAACAAAAACUACACAGAGUUCUUUGAGGAUGAGAAGGAGCUGCUGUGGAAACUCCGCACGGAAGUUCGAGACCAUUAUCCGGAAAGUCUUUCCAAGUUGCUCCUCAUCACCAAGUGGAAUAAGAGAGAUGAUGUUGUCCAGAUGGUAAGUCUCCUGAGGAACUGGCCAGAACUCCCUGCUAUUCAUGCCUUGGAGCUGUUAGAUUACAGUUUUCCCGACCCUGCGGUCCGUUCUUUCACCGUCAGAUGCCUCCGCAAGCUAAGUGAUGAUGAGCUGCUUCAGUAUUUAAUCCAGCUGGUCCAGGUCCUGAAGUACGAGUCCUACCUGGACUGUGACCUGACAACGUUCCUCCUUGAGAGAGCCUUAUUCAACAGGAGAAUAGGACACUUUCUCUUUUGGCAUCUCAGGUCGGAGAUCCACGUGGCAUCUGUCAGCUUGAGGUUUGGCCUGAUCCUUGAGGCAUACUGCAGGGGGAACAUCCACCACAUCAAGCUCUUAACCAAACAGAACGAAGCUCAAGGCAAAAUGAAGGUCCUGAGUGACAUUGUCAAAUCAGGGCCACAGAAGAUGAAUGCUGAGGACCUGAAGCUAUGCAUCAGACAGGAGUCGUACACAGAGGCUUUGUCCAACCUGCUGUCGCCGCUCAACCCCAGCAUCAUCCUCGCUGAAAUCUGUUCAGAAAAGUGCAGAUUCAUGGACUCAAAGAUGAAACCGCUCUGGCUGAUGUAUAAGAGUCCCUGGGGUCAAGGAGACAUGGUGGGCAUCAUCUUCAAGAAUGGAGAUGAUCUUCGACAAGACAUGCUGACACUCCAGAUGAUCCAGCUCAUGGAAAACUUAUGGAAAAAAGAAGGUUUGGAUCUAAGAAUGAUUCCAUACGGCUGCUUGUCCACUGGGGACAAGAUGGGCUUCAUUGAGGUGGUGAAGAACUCGGACACCAUCGCCAAUAUCCAGCGAAACAACAGCAACAGUGCCGCCACUGCUGCCUUUAACAAAGAUGCCCUGCUCAACUGGCUCAAAUCCAAGAAUCCGGAAGACAAGCUUGAGCAAGCCAUCGAGGAGUUCACGCUGUCUUGUGCUGGCUACUGUGUAGCUACUUACAUCUUGGGCAUUGGGGACCGUCACAAUGACAACAUUAUGAUCAGGGAAACAGGACAGCUCUUUCACAUCGACUUUGGACAUUUUCUGGGCAACUUCAAGCGCAAACUGGGCAUCAACAGGGAACGUGUGCCUUUCAUUUUGACAUAUGACUUUGUCCAUGUGAUCCAACAAGGACGGACAAACAACAGUGAGAAGUUUGAGAGGUUCAGGGAGUACUGCGAGCGGGCCUAUAAGAUCCUAUGUAGGAACGGUACGCUGUUUGUCAACCUCUUUGCAAUGAUGAAGGCAGCUGGGCUGCCUGAGCUCACUUCCUUCAAGGAUAUUCAGUACCUAAAGGACUCUUUAGCUUUGGGUAAAUCAGAGGAUGAGGCACUGAAGAAUUUUAAAGUGAAGUUCAAUGAGGCACUGCGUGAAAGCUGGAAGACCAAGGUCAACUGGAUGAUGCACUCUCUGGCCAAAGAUAACAGACCGUAAAGGACACCCAAGGACAGUUAAGAUACAAUCAAAUGGUUGGAAAAGGAAAGGAAAAAUACAAUCCAAUGGCAUUCACCAGUUGUUUACACGUGAUUACGACUGUUUGUACGACGUAACGUCUCAACUGUAUGCAACCAAAGACAAUGCAAUCAUCAUGGAGACAAGUUGUAAUACACCAAUGGUACUUCUACUUGAAAACUAUGGAUUUAUGAAAAAGGUCAAGAUCUACUGGAAUAUAGGUCAAAUACACACAUUAUUGAUGAUGGAUUACAAAAAUGGGUCAGAUAUAUUUUUAUUGUACUGUAUUGUAUUGUAUUUAAUGUUAAAUACUUGUACAAACAUAUUUUUAGUUUUAGAGCUACGGUAUAUCAUUUCAUAUUGCCUUUGCAGUGCCGGUGCGCUAAGAAGUGAUAAAUACUAUUUAAGUGAUUAAUGAAGAACUGAGGCUUUUAAUUUAUGCAAAUCAAACUACAUUACAAGUCACAACAUGUUAGCUUCAUGAAACAAUUGCUAAAAACAUUUUAUUCUCAGGUGCUGAAAAAAGUUUAAUUGCAUUGAGAUUGGGACAAAGCGUGAUACUUAUACUGUACAGUCCAAACAAACCAGCGGUGUGGAAAAUACUAUUUCAUUAUAAUUGUGCAUUUCCUGCUGUAUGAUCAUGUAUUGCUAAUUCUAUUGCAUUUUUAUGACUGAUGUGCCAGAUGCCGUUACAGAGAUUACUUGUCUGUAUUUCAUUGUUUGACUAUCUAACCCAGUGCAAAAUUGUGUUAUUUAAUUUGAUGGUGUAUGUUUUAAUUAAUUUAUAGAGUUUCUACCUUACCAUUCAUUAUUAUUUCUAAGUGUGGUUAGCAUUUUGGCCUCACAGUCAACCACAGUCUCCAACCUCCCUUUGAGCAUUACAGUGUAGAGUUUGUAUGUUCUCCUCGUGCGUGCGUGGGUUUUCUCCGGCUACUCUGGGUUCAUCCCACAUCCCAAAAACAUGAAUGUUAGGUUGAAUGGAAACUCUAAAUUGUAUGAAUGUGAGUGACGAUGGUUGUUUGUCUAUAGUAUAGACUUCAUAUGGUGACCAGUCCAGGGUGUACACCACCUCUGGCCUAAAGUCAGCUGGGAAAGGCUUCAGCUCACCUGUGACCCUCAUGAGGGCAAGCGGUAUAAAAGGAAAUAAUUAAUGAAUGUUCAUUCUUAAUAUGCAGAAUGAACACAACCUUAAGUGUUUGCAUUGAUUUUCAGCAUAAUUACCAGCGAUAAUCCUCCCGUUCCACUAAAAACGAAGGACCCAUUUCAUUUUUGUUUAUUUAAAUAUCAUCCAUCCAUUUUCUAUGCCGCAUAUCCUCAGUAGGGUCGCGGGUAUGCUGGAGCCUAUCCCAGCUGACUUCGGGCGAGAGGCGGGGUACAUCGCCAGUCAAUCGCAGGGCACAUAUAGACAAACAACCAUUCACUCUCACAUUCAUGGA